GAUGUAAAUCUGGAUUCCCAAUAAUGUAGUUUAAAUUGAGCCUUUAUGUUGUAGGCCUGUUAUGAACGAGGGAUGGAGGUCAGCGUGGUGCCAAAAACCUCUGCUUCCACGGAUUCCCCUUGGCUGGGCCUCGCCAAGUAUGCCUGGUCAGGGUACGUGAUCGAGUGCCCCAACUGCGGCGUGGUGUAUCGCAGCCGGCAGUACUGGUUUGGCAACCAAGACCCUGUGAACACUGUAGUGAGGACAGAAAUUGAGCAUGUCUGGCCAGGGACUGAUGGAUUUCUGAAAGACAACAACAACGCAGCCCAGCGUUUAUUGGAUGGCAUGAAUUUCAUGGCUCAGUCAGUAUCUGAACUUAGCCUGGGACCUACAAAAGCUGUGACCUCCUGGUUGACAGACCAGAUUGCCCCAGCUUACUGGAGACCCAACUCUCAGAUUCUGAGCUGUAAGAAGUGCAACACACCUUUCAAAGAUAACGACACAAAGCAUCACUGCCGGGCCUGUGGAGAGGGCUUCUGUGAUGGCUGUUCUUCCAAGACCCGUCCAGUGCCUGAGCGAGGCUGGGGACCAGCACAGUGCUGA